AUGAGCACCGUCUUCCGAGCAAUAAACAGGCGCACAGGAGAGCCUGUUGCCAUCAAGGUGUGCAAGAAGCCCGAGGACGACGACAAGUUGGCAAUGCUCGAAAUGGAGGUCAUGAUCCAUGCGGAGCUGAGACACCCGAACGUACUCGGGCUACUCGGCAACUUCGAGCGAGACGACGCCGUGAUUCUAGUGCUCGAGUACGCUUCGGGUGGAUCACUGCAGAAGCACCUCCGCAGGAAAGGGCGCUUCGACGAGCUGUCGGCAUCUUUGAUCAUACAGCAGACGGCGAGCGCCCUCGAGUAUUGCCACAGCAAGAGAAUUGUCCACCGGGAUGUGAAGCCGGCGAACAUCCUGGUCACCGGCAAUGGUGUUGUAAAGCUAGCCGAUUUCGGCAUAAGCGACAUUGUAAUCCCCGGCACGUACGUUUUUCUCCUUCAGUCACAGUGCAAGUAA